CUUCCCUUCCUCACACAAGACCAUGCGACAGUGUCAUCCGUCGCGGCCAUCAGUUUCCUUGUUUCCUCGCUAGCAAAGUCUACCUCAAUAGGUGCAUGGGAUUUCGACGCAUCUCUAAGUGUACUACACAGAACAAAGAGAACGGUCUGGUACUCGCAGAAUAUUGGGGACUUCCAGACAUAUUCGCUCUAUUCUUUGGACGACGACAACAAAAUUCACACCAUGCUUCGAAUUCCGCAGCACUACUAUGUCCCUGCACGUAUAUGCGAGAUAUAUCGACCACGCUCCUUCGGGAAACGACCAAAGAAAGACAACCCUAAAAACAAGUAUGUGCUUACUUUUAAACAGGACAAUGUAUUUCUGCAAGCGAGAGUAUCUCUUGCCACUCUUUAUGUGAAGUUACUGAAUGUGCAGAAGUUUUUCUUUGGUGAGCGGCCCAUGACUCUCAACAUUCACAUAGCUUCGCAUGUUCUCCUGUUGCUUAAUUUGCCUUUCCCGGAUCAAUUCAUACGAAGUAUUCUCAGG